AUGUUCGCCGCCAGGCCGCGCGGGGCGCAGGAGGAGGCCCGGCGCGAGGCCGAGCUCAACCACACAUCGCAGUAUCACCUCCCGCUGGACCUGGAGGAGCUGCUGCCGGAGUCGGCGCUGCCGUGGUACAGGAAGCUGCGGUGGAUGAUGGAGAACGAGGACGUGACGGAGUUCCUGUACAUGGUGCCCGUGCGGGACUACGAGACGGACGACAACUACAACCCGUUUGAGCUGCGCGUGGUGCCGCACACGCGCGUGAACAAGAAGAACUUCUACACGCUGUCGACCAAGGGCGUGACGCACGUCCUCGAGGGCGAGUGCGACUUCUGGACCCUCCAGGAGUUCGAGAAGGAGUUCUUUCUGUUCCUGACCUUCCGGCAGUAUAAGAUAUUCCGACACUACAAGGCCUGGUGGUGCUUCUCGCGCUGGCGUCUCCUGAUCCGCCGAGAGAAGAUGGAGCGCGCGCGCGACCACCUCCAGCGGCACCUCUUCAUGCUCCAGCCCACGUACCGCCCCGCGCUCCUCGCCGCGCAGAGCGCGUGCGUCGCCCUCGGCACGAUGAGUCUGUCGGUGCUCUCCGACGACGGCGGCCCGCGGUCCGUCGCGCGGUUCCGCUCCCUGCAGCAGCGCCGCAGCGAGGAGGUCAAGCGCGCCAUCUCCGACACCCUCGAAGACCUCGAACGCAUCGUCCUCUGGACCUGCGAGGAGGGCAUGCGGCACUUUGACGACAAGGAGCGCGGCAACGCCCAGGGCGCGCCCGACGCCGCGGACGCGCGGUCCGCGGCGUUCGAGCCCAUGUCUGCGCUGCGCGGCCUGCCGGCGCGGUCGCCGGGCCGCGAGAGCGACGCUAUCGACGACAUCGCGUCGCAAGUGCCGGAGGAGGACGUCCUGGGCGAUCGGGCGUCGAUGGCGUGGGGUUCGAUGCCGCCAUCGCGCGGGACGGUGCGGCCGGGGACGGGCACGACGCUGCGGUCGCGGCCCGGGACGGCGAUGAGCGCUGCGAGCGCUGUCUCGCGCGGAGCGAACGGCAGCGUGGCGGCGGCGGCGUCGGUGCGGGAGGGGGGGUCUCACGUGGAUCUGGCGGAGUUCGCGAGCACGGCGGAGGGGGAGGGCGGCGCGCCGCAGGCGGCUGCGGCGGGCCGCGGGCAGCAGGGCGGCGACGCGUCGCCCGGCGAGGAGAAGGAGCCGGAGGGGCUGCGGAAGCCACAAGGCGGUCCACGGACGUUCGGCGUGGUGUCGAACGCGGGUCUGCGCGUGCUCAAGGGCAAGAUCUUGCUCUCGUCGCUCGUGCAGCUGCAAACCGGCCUGCGCGAGGACGUGCGCUACCAGCUGCGGCCGGAGGAGUGGUAUCACAGGAACAAGCAGCGGGCGUGGGAGCGGCGGCGCAUGCGGCGGUUCGUGCACCUGGUGGACUACCUCGUGCGCACGGCGCUCGAGCAGCUGCUCGGCAGCGGCCUCGACAGCAUGCUGCACAGCAUCACGCCGUACAUGGAGGGGCCGCGCAUCGAAGGGAUGCCUCCGAGUCUCGCUUUGAUGACUAGGAAGGUCGUGGACGACGACUUGAUCUACGACAUCGCGCAGCAGCGCCAGGCGGAGUCGUCGCCGAAGCGGGCGGGCCGCGUGAAGGUCGGGGGGAUGCACCAGCUGCCGGUGCUCGUGCCGCCGCUGCCGGGGAAGGAGAACGCGAACGGGCUGAGCCCGCUGCUGACCAUCACGCUGCGCAUGAUGGACAACUUCUCGGAGCUCCACUACCAGCCCUCGCGGCAGGAGGUCGCCGGCGCGGUCGAGUGGGCAAUCGGCGAGAUGCUGGGCGCUCUCGAGGACCACACGCGGCUGCUGUACCGCGACUCGGUCGUGGAGCUCAUCCAGUCGCGCAAGCCCAAGCCUCCGCGGCCGCCGCCGCAGGGCGUCACGAUCCGCGUCGCGCAGGACGGCGAGGACGUGGACGUGGAGGUCAGUCCGGACGAGGUGCGCGCGAUGCAGGGGGAGCAGGAGCCGAGCGACACGGACAGCGAGGUCGAGGAGCUGCGGCGCACGCGGCCGCUGCUGACGUACUGGCCGGUGCUGGAGCGCGAGCGGGACCUCGACGUGGCGGAGCAGAUCAUGGACGGCGUCGUGCGUUGCAUGCGGCACCUGGAGCCGCUGCGGCAGCGGCUCCAGCACCUGCACAACAUGCUGCGGGAGAACGACGCGGUGCUGGAGGGCGGGGACGAGGCGCUCGAAGCCGGGUACACGGGGGGCAGUCAGGACCUGACGUCAUUCCGACACGACAUCUUUUGGUUCGGCCGGCAGAUCAAGGCGGUGGAGGAGCUGCCGACGUCGUGCGUGGUCGGCGCGAUCAAGGUCUCGCUGAUGGACCUGAAGCAGGACGCGGUGCAGAGCCCGCAGGCGUGCCUCGAGCUGUACGGCGUCGCGCUGCCCGCCAUCGCGUUUUCGCAGUUCCGCGCGCUGAGCUCGGAGAUCAACACCAACGCGCACCGGCUGCGGAACGUGCCGUCGUCCGCGGAGGACUUCGCGGGCUUCCUGUCCUUCCUGCGCGACGUGUCCGACAACCUGGAGGUCCUGGGCGACCGCGUGUCGGAGGUGCACGCGUUCUACCACCUGUUGCGCAACCACGGCAUCCAGGCGCCGAAGAUCGAGCUGGCGCAGUACCAGAUGCUCAACAUCGACUUCUCCGACAUGCGGCUCGCGCUCGACAAGGCCAUGCAGUCCAAGGCGCAGCACAUCGGGCAAUUCGAGGUCUCGCUGAAGAACACCAACCAGGAAAUCGAGACCGACAUGCGCAUCCUGCGCGCCCUCGCCGGCCAGGAGCUCCUGUCCGACGCCGCGCGCGUCGGCAACUCGCGCCUCGAACAGCAGUCCAUCGAGCACGCCGACGACCUCGUGGACCGCCUGCGCACCCUCGUCGGCCGCGUCGACGAGGUGCAGCGCUACCAGCGCCUCUUCGAGCUCGAAAUCACGCAGUUCCCGGACCUCGAGGACCUCGUGGAGGACUGCGAGCUCAAGCACAAGCUGUGGCACUCGAUACAGACGCUGCGCGGGCUCGACCGGGAGUGGCGCGCGGCGAUGCUGUGGGACCUCGACCACCACGCGGUGCACGAGACGGUGACGAAGAUGAGCCAGCUGUGUCUCCGGCUGGACCGCGUCCUGCUGAACAACGCCGUCGUGCCGCACCUGGUCCAGCACGUGCAGUCCUGGAAGCACGCACUCCCGCUCGUCAUGGCGCUGCGGAACACCAACAUGAAGCCGCGGCACUGGAUGCGGCUGGUGCACGCGUACGGCGCGCGGCUCGACCAGGAGCCCGACUUCACCGUCGGGCGGCUGCUGCAGCAGCGCACGCCCGAGGCGCAGGACCAGACGAUCAUGGUCAGCGAGGAGGCGACGCAGGAGGCGGCGCUCGAGGGGCUGCUGCGGCGCGUGCAGGACCGGUGGGUGUCCACGGAGCUCGAGUUCCGCCCGUACAAGGACUACCGCGACACGUACAUCCUCGGGUCGACCGAGAACGUGCUGGCAGCGCUCGAGGACUCGACGAUGAUUAUGUUGUCGGUGACGUCGUCGCGGUACGCCGCGGGGAUCCGCGACGAGGUCGAUCGCAUGGAGAAGCUCCUGGCGCACCUCGGGAGCACGCUCGACCAGUGGCUCGAGUGCCAGCGGCAGUGGAUUUACCUCGAGUCGAUCUUCGUGGCUCAGGACAUCCAGCGGCAGCUCCCGGAGGAGGCGCGGCAGUUCGCGGACGUGGACCGCGUGUACCGCGAGGUCAUGCGCAAGGCGCGCGUGAAGGGCAACGCGCUCAAGGCCGGCACGACCCCUGGCUGGAUGGAGACGUUCGUGCAGUGCAACGAAGUGAUGGACAGCAUCAUGCACGCGCUGGAGCGGUACCUGGAGACGAAGCGGUCGGCGUUCCCGCGGUUCUACUUCUUGUCGAACGACGAGAUGCUCGCGAUGCUGAGUCAGCCCAAGCCCAUCCAGGCCAUCCAGCCCCUCCUGCAGAACUGCUUCGAGGGCAUCAAGUCCCUCACGUACGAGGAGGGCGCGGCGUCGACGGACAUCCUGGCGAUGGUGUCGCCGCAGGGCGAGAAGGUGGCGCUGCCGCGGAACCUCAAGGCGCGCGGGCCGAUCGAGUCGUGGAUGAUGGCCGUCGAGCAGGCGAUGGUGCAGGUCAUCCGCAAGGCGGCGCAGGCGGCGUUCCACACGUACGCGACGACGGAGCGCGGGGAGUGGAUCCUGGACACACUCGCGCAGCUGGUGCUCACGAUCAGCAACGCGUACUGGUGCCUGGACGUCGAGCGCGCGCUGGAGGGCAAGGGCAAGUCUGGCACGACCAAGGGGGUGACUGCCGCGCUGGACGAGCUGCACGGCGUGUGCGUGCAGCAGCUGUCGGUGCUGACAUCGAUGGUGCGCAGCGGCGUCCUCACGCCGCUGCAGCGCCAGUCCGUGGUCGCGCUCAUCACGACGGACGUGCACAACCGCGACGUUGUGGCGCUGCUGCGCAAGGAGGGCUGCGACGGGCCCGAGGGGUUCAAGUGGCAGAUGCAGCUGCGGUACUACUUCGAGAACGACGAGGUCACCGUCCGGCAGGUCACGCUGCGGCAGCCCUACGGCUGCGAGUAUCUCGGGGCGCAGUCGCGCUUGGUCAUCACGCCGAUGACCGACCGGUGCCACCUGACGCUCACCGGCGCGCUGACGAUGUGCCUGGGCGGGUCGGCGAUCGGGCCGGCGGGCACGGGCAAGACGGAGACCACCAAGGACCUCGGGAAGGCCAUGGGGGUGUUUUGCGUGGUGUUCAACUGCAGCGAGACGCUCGACACGUCGCUGUUCAGCCGGCUGCUCUCCGGCCUCGCGCAGUGCGGCGCGUGGGCGUGCUUCGACGAGUUCAACCGCAUCGACAUCGAGGUCCUGUCCGUCGUGGCGCAGCAGGUCCUGUCCAUCCAGAACGCGCUGCGCUCCCGGAGCGACAAGAUGGUCUUCGAGGGCAAGACGGUGCCGUGCCAGGCCUGCACGGGCGUCUUCAUCACCAUGAACCCCGGCUACGCCGGCCGCACCGAGCUCCCGGACAACCUGAAGGCUCUGUUCCGCCCCGUCGCAAUGAUGAUCCCGGACUACGCCCUGGUCGCGGAGGUGCUGCUCUUCUCCGAGGGCUUCGACAACGCGGGCCCGCUGUCGCGGAAGACCGUGCUGCUGUACAAGCUGUGCUCGGAGCAGCUCUCCCGGCAAGACCACUACGACUUUGGGAUGCGCGCACUGAAGGCGGUGCUGUCGAUGGCCGGGGCGCUGAAGCGGACGCACGCGGACUCGCCCGAGGACGAGGUGCUCAUCCGCGCGAUCCGCGAGAGCUCGAUUCCGAAGUUCUUGUCCGAGGACGAGGCUCUGUUCAACGACAUUCUGCGUGACCUGUUUCCGGGCGUGGUGGUGGCGGACGUGGUGUCGGGGGAGCUGCGGAAGACGUGCGAGAAGGCCGCGAAGGCCGCUGGGCUGGUGCCGACGAGCGGGCUGAUGCUCAAAUGCAUGCAGCUGUUCGAGACGGUGCAAGUGCGGCUGGGCGUGAUGCUCGUGGGCCCGACGGGCUGCGGGAAGACCACGGCGGCGCAGGUGCUGGCGCGGGCGAUGACGAUUCUCGACACGCACCACUCGCAGGACCCGCGGUUCCGGACGGUGAUCUCCAAGGUGUUGAACCCGAAAGCGGUGGACGUGGGAGAGCUGUUUGGGGAACACAACACGGUGUCGAACGAGUGGAAGGACGGGCUGGCGUCGGUGAUGGUGCGGUCGUCGAUGGCGGACACGUCCGGGUGCAUGCACUGGACGGUGUUCGACGGCCCCGUGGACGCGCUGUGGAUCGAGAACAUGAACACCGUGCUCGACGACAACCAGAUGCUGUGUUUGCCGAACGGCGAGCGCAUCAAGCUCUCGUUCAACACGAUCCGGAUGAUCUUCGAGGCGCAGGACCUCGUGCACGCGAGCCCGGCGACCGUGUCGCGCUGCGGCAUGGUCUACGUGCCUGCAACGACCCUCGACUGGGGCCCCGUCGUACAUAAGUGGACCUCCGAGAAACUGUCGAAGAUCGUCGACCGGCACGGCAAGCAGCUCCUCGCCAUGUCGCAGGCCAAGGCGAAGCCGUCCGGGACGGCCGAGGGCGCCGAGGGCGCCGCGCAGGAGGAGCCCCAGCCCGCGUCGCAACUCACUAUUGGUGAGUUGGGGGAGUUCGAGGCGAAGAUCGACGCGGAGGACCCCGUGAUCAAGCGGAAGCUCGCGCGGCUGCAGAUGAUGUCGUCGAUGCUGGGCAAGUACAAGAAGGCGGUCAACGCGGGCCGGAAGGCCGAGGCGCGCUGGAUCAAAGGCGUGGGGAAGGCCUUGUUGGGAGAGAAGGCGAAAUUCGGGGACCCCGAGAGCCCCGCAGCCGCGCCGGCGAAGCUCAAGCGCGCGGGCGUGCGGUUCGGCGACGGCGGGGACGCGCCGGCGAAGGAGGAGGCGGCCGACACGGACGACGCGGCGGGCGGCGCCACGAGCGCCACGGAUGCGGCGGACACGCCGCCGAAGGACGCGCCGGGCGGCCAGGCGGCCAAGGGCGACGACGCCGCGGUCGUGGAGGACGAGGACUGGGAGGACCUGCAGAUGUUGAUCAAGAACCUCUUCCAGAAGUGGUUCCCGAAGGCCCUGGAGUUUGUGCGCGCCGAGUGCGCGCAGCGGCUGGCGGUGCCGCCGGUGGCGAUGGCCGAGGCCACGUGCGCGCUUCUCGAGGCGCUGCUGACGCUGCACCACCAUCGGAUCGUGCUCGUCGGCCAGCUGGACGUCGAGGACGAGGACGCCAUCCGCUACAUGUUUGCGUACGCCUUCAUUUGGGGAGUGGGGUCUUCGCUUGACCCGGAAUACCACGAGCGCUGGUCGCGCCACGUCGAGCAGGGCAUCGGCAGCACGCUCGACCUCCCGCAGCGCGGCACGGUGUACGACGCGGUCUUCGAGUUCGACCACCACGGGGCGCGCCUGGUGGCUCUGGACCCCCAAACGGCCACUUACAAGCCGCCGACGGAGAUGCUGUCGUCGCCGAAGCCGAUCGACGCCGUGGUCGUUCCGACGGCGAUGACGCUCUCCAUCCGGGAGCUCGCGGCGCUCUCGAUCGUCGCGAAGCGGCCGCUGAUCGUUGGCGGCGGCGGUGGCGUGGGGAAGACAAUCGCCGUGAAGCAGGCGAUCGAGCGCGAGAGCGUCGCGGGCGCGCCGCUCAACCGCGCGUUCAUCAACCUGUCGUCGCGGACCAGCUCGCCGGCCGUGCAGGGCUUCGUCGAGGCCAACCUGCACCGCAAGAUGGGUGGGCGCCUGGCGCCGCCCGGGGGCGGGCGCGCCGUGCUCUUCGUGGACGACCUGUCCAUGCCGGCCAAGGAGCAGUUCGGCGCGCAGCCGCCGCUCGAGCUCCUUCGCCUCUGGCUCGACCACGGCGGCAUCUACGACCGCGAGCGCCUCACGUGGUCUCGCAUCCAGGACACCGUUCUCAUGGGGACGUGCGUGCCGCCGGGGGGCUCGCAGCCCGGCGUGCCGGUGCGUCUCCUGCGCCACUUCACCGCCGUCGACGCCGCGAGCCCCGAGGGCUCGCUGCUGGAGGCCAUCUUCGGGUCCAUCCUGGGAUCCUUUCUGCAGCACCACUUCGGCCUGCCGACGCGCCAGGCCCUGGCGUCGCCGCUCGUGCGCUCGACCGUCGAGCUGUACACGGACGUGCAGCAGCGGCUCCUGCCCACGCCGUCGAAGUCGCACUACAUCUUCGGUUUGCGCGACGUUGCGCGGUGCUUCCAGGGGAUGAUGCAGAUACGACCGAACUCGAUCCGGCACCGCGACACGUGGACGCUGCUGUGGGUGCACGAGGUCACGCGCGUGCUCGGGGACCGCCUGUGCGACAACACGGACAUCGCGUGGCUCCGCAGUCAGUGCGUGUCGACUGUCCGGCAGCGGUUCCAGUACCAGGGCACCGUCGACGACCUCUUCGGCAACCCCACGCUCUUCGGCGACUUCAUGCGCAUCGGCGCGGAGGCCGACGAGCGCGUCUACCGCGAGACCGACGGCGGCAUCCCGCAGCUGGCCAAGCUCCUGGGGGACUAUUUGGAGGAGUACAACUCCCAGGGGCUCUCCCACCUGCGGCUCGUGUUCUUCCGGGACUCGAUCGAGCACAUCUGCCGCAUCGCGCGGUGCCUGCGGCUCCCGCAGGGGCACAUGCUGCUCAUCGGGAUGGGUGGGACGGGCAAGCAGACGCUCGCGAAGUUCGCGUGCUACGUCGCGGGGUUCAACCUGUUCCGUAUCGACGCGUCGCGCGGGUACGGGCAUGCGGAGCUGCGCGAGGACCUCAAGCGGGCGUUCGUGCGGUCGGGAAGCGCCGGCGAGCGCCUGUGCAUGAUGUUCCCCGAGGGACGCGCGCUGGCGCGCGAGGAGUUUGUCGAGGACGUGCACAACAUCCUCCAGACGGGACAGAUCCUCGGCCUGUUCUCGAACGAGGAGCAGGAGAAGAUCCUGAUCGACGUCCGCAACUGGUCGGUGGCGAACAAGUUCCCCGACACGCGCCGCGGCAUCUGGGACGGCUUCCUGGCGCGCUGCAAGCAGAACCUGCGCCUCGUGCUCACGCGGUCGCCCGUCGGCGCCGCACUGCGCGAGUCCGUGCGCACCUUCCCCUCUCUGGUGUCGUGCUGCACUGUGGACUGGUUCCACCCCUGGCCGCGCCACGCGCUCCAGUCCGUUGCGAAUCGUUACAUGGCCGGCGUCAACCUCGACCACCAGCUCCCGGGCAUCGUUCUGCCCCGGCCCGGGGCGGCGCACGUCGACACCGACGGCAACGCGCGCCAGGAUCCGCAGUCCGCGAUCCAGGUCGCGCUCGAGGCGGCCGAGGACAGGAUCAAUGCAGCGAGGUCGCGGAAGCCCCCGACGCCCCCGGCGGCAAGCGGCCACGGGCCGGAGAGGGGCGGGGGGGGCGACGAGGGCCGCGCAGUGGAGAGCAAGCAGCUGCACGCGGGGAUGGGAGCGUCGCUGGCCGUCGACAUGGACGCGAUUCUCGCGUCGGGCGACGCUCACGGGCUGCCGAAGGGCCUCGCGGAGACGCUGGCGGGCAUUGCGGUCAGCGUGCACGCGUCGGUGGAGGGGGAGUCGGACACCAUGGCGCGCGACCUCGGGCGGCGGGCGUACGUGACGCCGAAGAGCUUCCUCGACCUGCUCACGCUGUUCGUGUCGCUGCUCGCGCGCGAGAAGGCCCGGAUGAUGGCGUCCGUCGGCCGCUUGCAGAACGGCCUGGAGCUGCUGCGGGAGACCGAGGCCAACGUCCACGACAUGAAGAGCGAGCUGCAGAACAUCCAGCCGGAGUUGCAAGCCAAGUUCCAGAUCACGCAGCGCCUCGUCGUCGAGGUCGACGGCGAGAGGCGCGACGCAGAGAUGAUGAAGGAGCAGGUCCUCAGCGAGGAAGAAAGAGUCGCGAAACUAGGUCUCGAGGCGCAGGUGCUGCGCGACGAGGCGCAGAAGGAGCUCGACGAGGCGAUGCCGGCGCUCGAGGCCGCCAACCAGGCCCUGUGGGCACUCAACAAGUCCGACAUCGUGGAGAUCAAGAGUUUCUCGAAUCCGCCGCACCUGGUGCAGCUCACCAUGGAGGCGGUCUGCGUGCUGCUCGGCGAGACGGCCACGUGGGACAACGCCAAGCGCGUCCUCAACGACCAGCAGUUCGUACGCCGCCUGCUGGAGUACGACAAGGACAACAUCCCUGACAAGCUGCUUCGGGCCGUGCGCAAGUACACGUCCAACCCGCAGUUCACCCCGCAGCAGGUGUCGUCGCACUCGCGCGCCGCGAUGUCGAUGUGCCUCUGGGUGCGCGCGAUGGAGACGUACGCGGAGGUGCUGAAGGUCGUGGCGCCGAAACGCGCCAAGCUGCACGAGGCGGACAGGAACCUGCUGGAGAUCGAGGAGUCUUUGCAGAAGCAGCGCGACACCCUCGAGGGCCUCAACGAGCGCGUGGAGGACCUCCAGGCGUCCCUGGAGAGCACGGAGAAGGAAAUGAGGCACCUGCAAGAGCAGGUCGACAUGACGAACGCGCGGCUGCGGCGCGCGGGGGUCCUCACGGCGUCGCUCGGCGUCGAGGCGGAGCGCUGGACGCGCGAGGACCAGGACAUCCGCGACCGCAUGUCGCGUCUGCCCGGCGACAUCUUCCUGUGCGCGGCCUGCAUCAACUACCUCGGGCCGUUCCCCGCGGCGUCGCGGACGCGGCUCCUGGCCGGCUGGCAGCAGCUGCUCGAGGACCGAGCCGUGCCCGUGCCGGAGAACUGGAGCCUGCAGGGCUCGCUGACGUCGCCGAUCCAGCUCCGCACGUGGAACAUCCACCGGCUCCCGAGCGACACCGUCUCCAAGGACAACGGCGUCCUGAUCUGCAACUCGCUGCGCUGGCCACUCAUGAUCGACCCGCAGGGGCAGGGCAACCGCUGGAUCCGCGCCAUGGAGGGCGCGCACUCCCUCCGCGCGCUGCGCAUCACCACGCCGCUGCUCCUCCCCACGCUGCAGCAGGCCGUGUCCGCGGGGUCCCCGGUGCUGCUCGAGGGCGUCGACCGCUCCGAGCUCGCCGCGGACCCCUCGCUCGAGUCCCUCCUCAGCCGCAACGUCUACGUCCAAGCCAGCCGCCUGAUGGUGCGCAUCGGCGACGCUGAGGUCGAGGCGCACCCGAAUUUCCGGCUAUACAUGUCGACAGCGGAAGCGAACCCGCAUUUCCUGCCCGAGGUGUGCAUCCGCGUGUCGCUGGUCAACUUCACGGUGACGCGCGGCGGCCUCGAGGAGCAGCUGCUGGCGGACGUCGUGCGGCGGGAGCGCCCGGACCUGGAGGAGCAGAAGGACCGGCUGGUGGUGUCGAUCAGCACAGACAUGGCGCAGCUCAAGUCGCUGGAGUCGCGCACGCUCGCGCUGCUGCAGGACAGCGCGGGGUCGGUGCUGGACAACGAGGCGCUCAUCGAGACGCUGAACUCCUCGAAGCACAUGAGCGUGGCCGUGACGCGGCGCGUGCGCGAGGCGGAGGAGACGGAGAAGAAGAUCGACGCGUCGCGCGAGGCGUACCGGUCCGUCGCGACGCGCGGGUCGCUGCUCUUCUUCACCCUCUCGGACCUGACAGCGAUGGACCGCAUGUACCAAUACUCCCUCCCCUACUUCGUCAGGCUCUUCAACAACUGCAUCGCGUCGGUGCCGCGGCCCCCGAGCUCGCGCCUCGCCGACACCCCGGGCGGGCCCGACGAGUCUGCGCACGCCGGCGAGGGCCUCGCAGACCUGCUGACCAAGCUCCGGGCCGCGCUUACCAAGUCGAUCUACCACACCGUGUGCCGUGGGCUCUUCGACCGCCACAAGCAGGCCUUCUCGCUGCUCAUCGCGGCCGCGAUCCAGCACGAGGCGGGCGAGGUGAGCACCGCGCAGUGGGGACUCUUCCUGGCGCCGCCGCCGUCGCUCGCCGACGCGCGGGCGGACGCCGCCGCGGCGGGUGCGCGCAGGAACUCCCGGCAGCGCACGACCGAGCCGGCCCCGGCCGCCGCGCUCACGCCGGCGCAGAUCGCCGUGUUCGACGCCGUCGAGGCCGUGACGCCGGCGCUCAGGGGCCUGGGCGCGUCCGCGCGGCAGAACAAGGCGGAGUGGGCGCAAUGGGUCGAGUCCGCGGACCCGUACCAGCACCGCGUCCCGCCGAGCGCUCCCGCAGUCCUCCGCGGUACCGACAGCGGGCCCGGGAAGGCCGAGCCGAUCCUGUCGAAGCAGGCGAGCAUCCGGAACAGCUUCCGCCGCGCCAGCCUCCGCCGCAUGAACUCCCUGCUCGACCCCGCGGCCUCUGGGUCGUCGGGGAACCUGGGUCGUGCGAACUCGCUGCGCCAGGAGCCGUCUCUGCACUCGACGCCCUCGCGGGGGUCCCUGUCGCGGCAGAUGUCUCUGCGGAUGGAGAAGUCCCACGUGCUCCCCGCCGUGGAGGAGAGCGGGCUGGAGGGGGUGUUCGAGGAGGAGGGGGAGGGGAUCGACGGCCCGAACUCCCCCGUGCGCGGCGCGCCGGACGUGGACGUGCACCCGACGUCGAUGGGCGGGCGGCACUUCUUCCGCCUCCUUCUGGUGCGGCUCCUGCGGCCCGACCAGGUCUCUCCGAGCCUGCGUCAGUACGUAGGGGACGUCCUGGGGCCUGAGCUGGCGGUGACUGCGCCGGCGACCCUCGAGGACGUGUACGCGGAGAGCGGCGUCGCAGAGCCCGUGCUGUUCAUCACGGCCGCGGGCGCCGACGCCACGGCGCUCUUCCAGCGCUUCGCCGAGGAGCGCGAGCGCCCCUCGGGCAAGGGCUCUGCGAUCAUCUCUCUCGGGCAGGGGCAGGGCCCGCAGGCGGAGCGCGCGAUUGUCAAGGCGUGCGAGAAGGGCGACUGGGUCUUCCUGGCCAACUGCCACCUCGCGCGCUCCUGGAUGCCGCACCUCGAGAACAUCGUCGAGCAACUUGGCCGCAGCCAUGUCUUCGAUCCUGACGCGCGGACUCGCACCGAGGAGGAGAUGAAGAACAUCAUAGAGGAGCUCGAAGUCGAGGGCCUCGAGGCGGCGCCGACGAUGGCCGGUGUGGACCUCGGCGCCGCGGCCCAGCUGAUCAAACAACAGCCGCAAGACAUUCCGCAAUCGCAGUCUGCCAAGUCCGUGGCGUCGGCGACCCCCAAGCCGCCGGUGGCCAAGGAGGCCUCAACGCACGCGCCGGCCGCGCGCCGGCGCGCCGGAAAGGGCCCGGCCCCGACCGUGAAGCUCCCGGACCGCAUCCACAAGAACUUCCGCCUGUUCCUGUCCUCGAUGCCGUGCGACCACUUCCCGACGGCGGUGCUGCAGUCCAGCCUGAAGAUGACUAUCGAGCCGCCCGAGGGCGUGCGCGCGAAGAUGCUGCAGUCCCUGAACGAGCUCCCCGCGGGGACGCUGGAGCUCUUCGACGUCGUCGAAGCCGACUCGUGGGUGCCGGAGCAGAUCGACGGCCAGCCGACGGGCCACCUGUGGCGCCGGCUGGUGUUCGCGAUGAUGCUCAUGCACUCGGUCGUGCAGGAGCGCCGCCGGUUCGGCCCCCUGGGCUGGAACAUCUCCUACGACUUCGCCAUGGGGGACUUGGACGCGGCCAUCUACUUCGCGCGGUCGUUCCUGCACCGCAACAUCGAGGCGUACCACGCCGCGCGCGUGCUCUUCAUCGAGAAGCACGGGAACAAGAUCGGAAGGAUCACGGGCGCGGAUUCCCUGCGCGCCGAUCCCCGUCCGGGGAGCCGCUCGAUGCCGGAGGAGGUGGUGCGGAAGCUCGCGGAGGACUCGCACGGCAGCAACGAGGCCUCGCGCACGUCCGUCGCGGAGCCGGCGGGCCCGAGCUCCUCAGCGGAGCGCGGCAGCCGGCCUGCGAGCCGCACGGCGAGUCGGCUCGGCACUGUGGCGCGCAAGCCGCUGCCGAGCCGGCAGAACAGCCGCGCGGACGAGCUGCAGAAUCUGGCGCCGGGCCUCGUCAAGGGGCGCAGCAAGGCGGCGCUGCUGGAGCGGAAGACGUCCAAGGCGGCCAACCGCCUGCUGCGCAACAUGUCGCGGCAGGAGAGCAUGAUAGCGCUGGAGGUGGGCGCCCCGCAGAGUGGAGGCGGGGCGUUCGAUGACGCGGCGUCGCAGAAGUCGCUCGGCGCCGCGCUGUCGCAGCGGUCGGUGGGCGCCGGCGUGUCGCAGCGGUCGGUGGGCGGCGGGUUCGGCGCUGCGUUGUCAGUGCGGUCGCUCGGCCGGCAGUCGUCGCGGGCGAUGAGCGCCGGCGGGGGGGAGAGCGACGAGGACGAGCCCGAGCUCGCGGAGGUCCCGUGGGAGAGCAUCACGCACGUGAUCGGCAUGAUCAUCUACGGCGGGCGCGUCACCGACGACAACGACCGCACGCUGCUCCACUGCCUGAUGCGGCGCUUCAUGGGCCCGCGGAUCCUGGACCCGUCGCACACCUUCGCGCCGGGGUCCGAGCUCGAGGACGUGUACGUCGCGCCGGGCGAGGACGCAGUCGAGGCGGCCGAGAUCGCGGAGCAUAUCAAGCAGUUGCCCGUGGCAGACGAUUCGUCGGUGUUUGGCAUGGGCCGCAACGCGGACCUCGUGUUCCAGCGCCGCGAGACGGAGCGUCUCCUCGAGAUGAUCACGACGGCGCGCGGCGCGGGGCCCGGCGCCGGCGCUGGCGGGGGCGUGCAUGCGGCGAGCACGGCGAGCGCCGCGGCCACAGCGCCCGCCGCGGGCGACGCGAAGGCCAACGCCGCGAACUCCUCGCUUUCCAGCAAGCAUCGCGUCGUGUUCGAGAUGGUCCGGUCCCUCGAGGGCCAAGUACCGCCUCUGCUGGACCGCGAUGCAGCUACGGCACUGGCGGCGAAGAAUCUGGUGCGACCGAAGGGCUUCGACGACGCCGAGACGCGCGCGGAGGGCGAGGCCUCGAAGGAGGACAGCGGGAUGGCGGUCGGCGGGAAGCGCAAGACGGCUGGAUUCGGCAAUGCUGAGGUGCCGUCGCAAGGCGGCAGCUCGCACGGGGUGCGGCGCAUCGCGCAGGCGAAGACGGUGGGCCACGGCGAGGCGUCGGAGAGCGGCCAUGGGAGCCCGAUGCGCCAGGCGAAGUCGACGCGGUCCCGCCACGCCUCCCUGCACCCGGAGGUGGUGAAAGACGCUGCGGGGAUCAUUGGCCGGCCGGCGCUGCCGGGGCAGGACGCCGGCAGGAAGUCGGUCCUCGAGGUCGCGAAGCCGGAGGUGCCCCCGCGCAGCUCGUUGUCGAUCUUCUUGGUUCAGGAGACGGACCGCAUGAACGCGCUGCUGCAGGUGCUGGCGAGCUCGCUGCGCCAGCUGAGCCGGGCGCUCCAGGGGCUGGUGCUGAUGACGUCCGAGCUGGAAACGAUGUCGUCGGCGCUGCUCGCGGGGCAGGUGCCGGGGGCGUGGGCGGCGGCGGCGUAUCCGUCCACGAAGGGGCUCGGGCCGUGGUUUGCAGACCUGCAGCGUAGGGUGCAGACGCUGCGGACGUGGGCGGCGGAGGGCCAGCCGCGGUCGCUGUGGCUCCCCGGCGCGUUCUUCCCGCAGGGCAUGGUCACGGCGAUCCUGCAGAACCACGCGCGGCUCACGCAGCGCCCGAUCGACGAACUGGGUCUCCAGUUCCACUUCACCCAAGAGGUCGACCCGGAGAAGGUCGGGCCGCCGCCCGCGCGCGGCGUGUACGUGCACGGCCUGUUCGUCGAGGGCGCGGCCUGGGACACGGAGCGCCGGCAGCUCAGCGACGCCAAGCCCGGGCAGAUGCACUGCAAACUGCCCAUCGUGCACUUCCUGCCCGACGUCGUGCGGCCGCCGCCCAGGACCGUGUACCUCGCGCCGCUGUACCGCACGCCGGCGCGCGCGGGCGUGCUGACGACCACGGGGCAGAGCAGCAACUUCGUGCUGUACCUGCACUUGCCUAUGCCGGGGGGGGCGUCGGCGAGCAAGUGGAUUCUGCAGGGCACUGCGGCGCUGUGUUCGACGUCGGACGCGGACGAGUGA